GCGGUCCAGUGCGCAUGCUCGGUCCCGGCUCGGUGUCGGACGGAGCCGCAGCCCGUUUGUUUGUUUGUUUAUUUAUUUGUCUGUUUGUUUUCCGCUGUGACUAUGGCGGGCACGGCGCUGAAGAGGCUGAUGGCGGAAUAUAAACAGUUGACGUUGAACCCGCCUGAGGGGAUCGUUGCAGGUCCGGCCAAUGAGGAGAACUUCUUCGAGUGGGAGGCGCUCAUCAUGGGUCCACAGGACACAUGUUUUGAGGGAGGCGUGUUUCCGGCAGUCCUCAGCUUCCCCUCUGAUUACCCGCUCAGCCCUCCCAAGAUGAGGUUCACCUGCGACAUGUUUCACCCCAACAUUUACCCAGAUGGCCGAGUGUGUAUCUCCAUCCUUCAUGCUCCUGGAGAUGAUCCGAUGGGUUAUGAGAGCAGUGCAGAGAGAUGGAGUCCGGUGCAGAGCGUGGAGAAGAUCCUGCUGUCAGUGGUCAGCAUGCUGGCAGAGCCCAACGACGAAAGUGGAGCCAAUGUGGACGCCUCCAAGAUGUGGCGAGAGGACCGAGAGCAGUUCUACCGACUCGCCCAGAAGAUCGUACGCAAGUCACUGGGCCUGUAGAGACUGUACAAGAGACGCACGCACGCACGCACGCACGCACACACACACACACACACACACACACACACACACACACACACACACACACACACACACACACACACACACACACACACACACACACACACAUACACAUACACACACUGAGCUGCUGGGACUGACACAGCAGAAGAAGAGGUGCAGCGUGGUCAGCAGGUGUGGAGAUGUCACCGUCCCCAUGACGACACACUGACGGACGGCGUGCCUGAACACGCCGUCCGUCUGCCGGCCACUCAGCAGGACACUGGGUUCGAUUCCAUCAUCUGUGUGAAAAACACAGCGGGACAUUAAAACAGCAGGAGCGGCUGCUGGGGACUCCUGCUGGGGUCCGACUCCUCAAAACUGCUCCGAGAGUUGGAGUUGAAUAAAGAUGCUUUGAAGGGGAAAUUGUGGUUUGUGUG